AUGGUUUCAGCCAAUCAGCGGCCAAGAAGACAUCAUGUGAGGAGGAAACUUCGUGCAUCGCGGAUCCUUGUGUUUGUGCUGAGCUUAUUCGCAUUCUGUCUGCUCCUAUGUUGGAAUGCCUUCAGAGGAAUAGAUGAGUCUCAGCACCAUAGAACUCCACGCUCCGCCCAUCAGGAAGGGGUGGAGCUGACCACACCGAUGACAUUGGUGAUGGAGAACCACGGAGAUUAUCCCGAGGAUAUUUUCAGUCUAGAGGAAAGGCGCCAGGGCGCCGUAGUGCUGCACAUAUUCGGGAUGCUGUACAUGUUCAUCGCUUUGGCCAUUGUGUGCGACGAGUUCUUUGUCCCAGCGCUUACUGUCAUAACGGAGAAGCUGCAGAUCUCAGAUGAUGUAGCAGGUGCCACCUUCAUGGCAGCUGGAGGCUCCGCCCCUGAGCUCUUCACAUCUGUCAUCGGAGUUUUCAUCUCGCACAGCAACGUUGGGAUCGGCACCAUCGUUGGCUCGGCCGUCUUCAACAUCCUGUUUGUGAUCGGCAUGUGUGCGCUGUUCUCGCGUGAGAUCCUCAACCUCACCUGGUGGCCACUCUUCCGUGAUGUGUCCUUCUACAUCAUGGACCUCAUCAUGCUCAUCUUCUUCUUCUUGGACAAUUAUAUCACCUACCUGGAGAGCAUGGCUCUGCUAGGAGGCUACAUUUCUUAUGUGCUCUUCAUGAAAUUCAACGCCAAUGUGGAGGUGGUCAUCAAGAGCCUGAUUCACCGGAACCAGGUGGACGAAACAGCGGUUGUGCCCAAGGUCGACAAUGCUGGAGAUGACGGGAACAAACUCUCGGCCAAGCCCCAUCUUCAGAGAGGGUUAAGCUCCGCCUCUCUGCACAACUCACUGAUGAGGAACAGCAUCUUCCAGCUCAUGAUCCACACAUUAGAUCCGCUCAGUGACGGGAAAUUCAAGGACAAAGCUUCCAUUCUGCACAAGAUUGCAAGAAAAAAGGGACAAAGUGAAAUAAACGGCAUUGUGGAUAAGAAAUUCCCCAACAGUAUCGGCGUGGAGGUGGAAGUCACUCCGCCAAUGAACGGCAGCAUAGCACAACAGGGUGAGGAAGAAGAAGAGGAUGAAGACCAGCCUCUCAGCUUAGCGUGGCCGGAGACGAGACAGAAGCAAUUGAUGUACCUCUUCGUUUUCCCCAUCGUGUUCCCACUGUGGCUCACACUGCCCGACGUCCGCAGAGAUACUUCAAAGAAGUUCUUUCCCAUCGCGUUUCUGGGUUCCAUCAGUUGGAUUGCUGUCUUCUCCUAUCUGAUGGUGUGGUGGGCUCACCAGGUUGGAGAGACUAUUGGCAUUACGGAGGAGAUCAUGGGUCUGACGAUUCUUGCAGCAGGAACUUCAAUUCCAGAUCUCAUCACCAGCGUGAUUGUGGCUAGGAAAGGUUUAGGAGACAUGGCCGUGUCAAGCUCAGUUGGUUCCAACAUAUUUGACAUCACCGUAGGUUUGCCCUUCCCGUGGCUGCUCUACUCUUACUUUCACAACCUGAAGCCAGUGGCGGUGAGCAGUAACGGCCUGUUCUGCGCCAUUGUGUUGCUCUUCCUCAUGCUCAUCUUUGUCAUCGUCUCCAUCGGUGUGUGCAGGUGGAAAAUGAGCAAGCUGCUCGGCUUCUCCAUGUUCCUGCUUUACUUCGUUUUCCUCGUGGUCAGUGUCAUGCUAGAGGACAAGAUCAUCACCUGCCCCGUCUCCAUCUGAGGAGCUUCAGGGGAAUAUGUGUUGCCAAGCAGAAACUUGUCUCUAUCUGCGGGGCUUUGAGACAAUACGCACAAGGAAAUAAGCAGAAACAACACAGAACAAGUACACAAAAUGCAUACAGUCCCUAUAGAACCUACCAAGAAAGCACAAGAAAGCUACGAAUAAAAUAUUCAGGAAGCAGACAGGAACUACUACAAUCAGAGAUGAUGACACAGAAAAAGGCACGGAAACUACACAGAAAUUACGCAGGAAAUGGCAGAGAAACUACACGGAACAUUACACAGUUACUACACAGUAAACUAUACAGAACAUUACACAGAUAUUACACAUAGACUUGUGCAAAACCUACACAUUAAAUUAUAUAGAAACUACACAGAAGAUUACACAAAAUCUACACAAAAACUACACCGAAGGUUUCGCAGAAA